GCCUCCGAAGUGUUAGAAAGCUCGACAGAAAUCUAUAGUCAUCGUGUUUGGCGGCAAAUUUUUCAGUUCUCACUACACGGUGAUCCAGUGAAGUCGGGUACCACAUAACACUUACCCGUCCAUGCGUGAAAAUUUCGUCAGCCAUUAAGGGAUUUCCCAUUAGUGUUGUUUUUUUGUUCAACUGCGAUUGCUCAACAUACCUAAAACCCGUUUUCGCUUAAGUUUAGCAAUUUGUAUAUAAAAUGAAAAAUACUAUUUAUAUUUAAAAGUUUUUGGAGUCGUUUCAAAAAUAAAUAUUACUACCAUCAUUUAUGUUGGCUGAGUGAUAAGAUUUUGUUUAGAGCUCAAUUAAGGUAUAAAAAGGCAAACUCAGCGGCUAGAUAAUCAGUAUGUUCUAAGAGUUAAGCAAGAACAGUGUAAAGUAAUCGCUCGCAAUGUUGCUAACAAUCGCCCUUGUGGGCGUGGUCUUGGCUUUGGCCUAUCGUUUCUAUACCAAUAUCUACACCUAUUGGGAACGCAAAGGAGUGCCCUUCGAGCGCCCAUUGCCGCUGGUUGGCAACAUGAAGGGGAUCGGGUCGAAAUACCACUUUCGGGACAUCAACCAGAGGAUCUACGAUCAGUUCAAGGGCAGGGCUUCCUUCGCGGGAAUGUACAUGUUCUUCAAGCGAACCGCCCUGAUCACCGAUCUGGACCUCAUCAAGCAGGUGCUGAUCAAGGACUUCAGCUACUUUCAAGAUCGUGGUGUCUUCAACAAUCCCCGUGACGAUCCCCUGACGGGUCACCUCUUCACUUUGGAGGGCGAGGAGUGGCGAUCGAUGCGGCACAAGCUGAGUCCUGUGUUCACCUCCGGAAAAAUGAAGCACAUGACGGGCGUGAUUGUCGAAGUGGGCCAUCGCCUGGCCCAGGCCAUGGAAAAGUCUGUGCAACAGGCCCAAAUGGACGACGGCAUUGUGGAGAUCAAGGACCUGUGUGCCCGAUUCACCACUGAUGUAAUUGGAUCCUGUGCCUUUGGACUGGAGUGCAACAGCCUCCAGGACCCCAAUGCCGAGUUCCGCAACAAGGGCCGUGAGAUAUUCGUGCGGCGUCGUCAUUCGCAAUUAGUGCAAGCAUUUCUGUUUACCAAUGCCAAGCUGGCCAAGAAGUUGCGAUUGAAGGUGUUACCCGAUGAUAUAACCGCUUUCUUUAUGUCGGCUGUGAAGAACACGGUGGACUAUCGCCUCAAGAAUGGCAUUAAGCGAAACGACUUUGUCGAUCAGCUUAUAGAGCUCCGAGCCGCGGACCAAGAAGCGGCUAAAAAAGGUCAGGGUAUCGAUCUGUCCCAUGGGCUGACCCUCGAACAAAUGGCUGCCCAGGCUUUUGUGUUCUUCGUGGCCGGAUUCGAAACCUCCUCCAGCACCAUGUCCUUCUGCCUGUAUGAACUUGCCAUGCAGCCUGCGACUCAGCAGCGUGUGAGGGAUGAGAUUGCAAGUGUGCUGGGGAAUGUGGAAGGAGGAGAGCUUAACUACGACGCUCUGGCAGAAAUGAAGUAUUUGGACCAGGUGGUGGCUGAAACCCUUCGGAAGCACCCCCUUCUGCCCCAUUUAAUUAGAGAGUGCAAUCGGGACUACAAGGUGCCCCACACAGACAUUGUGCUCGACAACGGCGUCAAUGCCUUGAUUCCCGUACACAAUAUUCACCACGACCCAGAGAUAUAUCCCGAGCCGGAGAAGUUCGAUCCCAGCCGUUUCGAUCCGGAGGAAGUCAAGUCCCGCCAUCCGAUGGCCUAUUUGCCCUUUGGCGAUGGUCCGCGCAACUGCAUUGGACUGCGUUUUGGCAAGGUUCAGGCCAAGGUUGGUCUGGUGACGCUGCUUCGCAGCUUUCAAUUUUCCGUGUCGAAUCGCACCGAAGUUCCAUUGAUUCUGUCGAAAAAGUCAUUUCUGUUGGCCACCGAAAAUGGCCUUUUCCUAAAAGUGGAAGCCAUUUAGAUUUAAACAAAAACUUAAUUGUGUUUAAUAAAGGGUGAAAGUUAAAUCAGAUAUAAAUUAAAGUAUCAUGUAAAUUAAAAAUAGAUUAAAAUGCAAUAUACAAA